AUGUUGAUCCUUUGCGCGGCUAUGCCACAAAAUGUGCUGUGGAUCGCAGUUGACAUGUUCUACGCCAAGAUAUGCUCGAACAGCCUGUUUGCGUCUUUGAACGCUGCGCGACGUUACGCUCAAGUCCCGGAAACGCGCCCUGCGCGAGGUAUAGUACGGAAGCUCAUCGCGGCACCGCUGAACGGUUCCGAGACCGAAGUAUCGGUGGAUAGCGCAUCCAUGGUUUCAAAUAGACCCGUGAUGGUCGCCUAG